UUUCUUGCUAGAGUCGACGCCGCCCAGCUCAGGCGCCUUCCUCCAGCCCCGCGCGGAAAUGCGGAGCCUGCUUGGCGGCCCAGGAGCCCCAGCUCGGCUCCUCCAGCUGCUGCUGCUGCUGCUGCUUCCGGCUUCCCUGGGGCUCGCGGACCCGGAGUGGCCACUGCGCGCCGCAACCGGCUCCGCCCAGCCGCUCCUCAAGAAGUUUGGCGGCGGCGAGCAACUCUCCCCGAGCGCCAUGGAGAUCCCGCCGUCCCAUUACCAGGCCAACAGAGCCGCCGGCGUGGUGCUCCACUACGCCACGUAUCAGCGCGGGAGCCCGCACAGCCUGUUCGAAAUGGAGCGAGUGCACCAAGCCAGCCUGGAGGACAUCCCAGAUACUGGGCAUAAAUACCACCUUAAGUUUGAAGUGAAAGAAAGUAUACAGAAUGGCAGCUCCCUGAACUGCACAGCCGACAUACUUUAUCAUCAUGGUGACACACCUGUUGCUCCUGAAAUACAUUAUACUAUGGAAGGGGAGUUUGAGACACAUUCGAAAGAAGCAGAUAACCUAUUCUACAACAGAAUUCUGCACUUGUCAGAACCAUUAGAGACCAAAAAUAUACCAGAUAAUGAUGGAAAUAUGCCAGCAGAAAUGAAGCCUAUUUUCAACUUAGCCAAGGUUGCCUCUGGAUAUAUAAUAUGGCAGAAUUCGACAGAAAACACCUGGUACAAUAUGAUUCAAAUUCAAAACGUCAAACAAGUGAAAAGAAAUGAUGACUAUCUUGAAUUUUCCUAUGAGGUUUUAUUCCAUGAUAUUGCCUCCCAGGAAAUUAUUCCUUGGCACAUGGAAGUUCUAUGGCAUCCACAGCACGGAGUGAAAGUAGCACAGAAUAGUUGCCGGUCAAAGUGAUAUUAAUUAAAUCUUACAUGUUCUUAAACUGGUGAGGUGAUAGCAACUACAUACAGCUAAUAAAAAUACUAUAUGGAGGCUUUAGAUACCCUUCCAAUUCUGUAUAUCCUCCAAGAACCUAAAUAAAAUGUUACACAUUUACACAC